AAAUUAUCAUCAUUCCAGGGACAAAAGAAAGUAAACGGCUGUCUAAACAGUCUAUAACAUAAAGUUGAAGAAAUAAGACGUGUAAAGUACUAUAGCGAUCUUAUAACAGUAAAAUGGUGAAACUUAUUGUUUGUUUGGUAAUAGUUGCUUUAUCCGUUGCUUUUACAAAUGCAGCAGAAUGUCCAUCAUUUACUAAGGUUCAAAACUGUACUCCAAGAUGUUUUCACGAUACUGAAUGUAGUCGCGUUGGUGGAAAAUGUUGUCCAAAUAUUUGCAAUACUAACUCAUGUGCACAACCAAAUGUUCUUAAAAAUAAUAUUGGUUCGGGAUCGAACAAGGACAAAUAUUCUGGUGCCACUGGUGUCUAUUGUGGAAAUGUUAAAUGUAAUUCUUUUGAAAAAUGUGGAAUGGAUAAAGCAACUAAAAGGCCAAAAUGUGUCCGGUCUUAAUUUUAUUUUUAUUUUUAAAUAGAAACUUAAAAAACUUGUAAAUAAAUAUUACGAAUUAUGUAUUGUUUAAACAAAAAUUGGGUUGUUGAAUAAAGAAUACACAUUUCACGGUUAAAAUUAAAAUUU